UUACUUCUUUUUUUCUUCCCCUUUAGCUUUAAAGAGUUGUUAACCACCCUGGCAUUUCCUAUGCCUUUGUUUUUCUUUUCGACAUUCCUUUCUGCUUUCUGAAAACUCUGCUACACACAUUCAUUCAUUCAUUCGUAUUGGUCUUGUUCCACAAGCCACCAUUCUGAUUUUUCAUGAUCAGAAGAGUUUAGCAUAUCAUGGGAACGCCUGUGAACAUCAUCGUUGGAUCACAGGUUUGGGUUGAGGAUCCUGAGGAUGCAUGGAUUGAUGGUGAGGUCACAGAAAUCAAUGGCAAAAAUGUUACCAUCAUUGCCACAAAUGGGAAAACUAUGGUGGCAGAUCUUUCAAGCAUAUACCCCAAAGAUACAGAAGCACCACCUGCAGGAGUUGAUGACAUGACCAAGCUAGCUUACCUUCAUGAGCCAGGAGUCCUGCACAAUCUUGCAACUCGUUUUUCUCUCAAUGAGAUAUAUACAUAUACAGGGAAUAUCUUAAUUGCUGUGAAUCCUUUUCGAAGAUUGCCACAUUUGUAUGACAUCCAUAUGAUGGAGCAGUACAAAGGUGCAGCAUUUGGAGAGCUUAGUCCUCACCUUUUUGCUGUAGCUGACACAUGUUACAGGGCAAUGAUAAAUGAAAAUGGAAGCCAAUCCAUUUUGGUAAGUGGAGAGAGUGGAGCUGGUAAAACUGAGACAACGAAAAUGCUUAUGAGAUACCUGGCAUUCAUGGGGGGUAGAUCUGCUACAGAAGGAAGAACUGUAGAACAACAGGUUUUGGAGUCCAAUCCAGUGCUGGAAGCAUUUGGGAAUGCCAAAACUGUCAAAAAUAACAAUUCAAGUCGAUUUGGUAAAUUUGUUGAAAUUCAAUUUGACAAGAAUGGGAAGAUUUCUGGGGCUGCAAUCCGAACAUAUCUCCUUGAAAGGUCACGAGUUUGCCAGGUCUCUGACCCAGAGAGAAACUAUCAUUGCUUUUACAUGCUUUGUGCAGCACCACCAGAGGAUGCCAAAAAGUACAAGUUAGGGGAUCCAAGGCAAUUCCACUAUCUUAAUCAAUCAAACUGUUAUGAAGUGUCAAAUGUAGAUGAUGCAAAAGAAUACUUGGAGACCAGAAAUGCAAUGGAUAUUGUGGGAAUUAGCCAAGAAGAGCAGGAUGCUAUCUUCCGUGUGGUAGCUGCAAUCCUCCAUCUUGGAAACAUUGACUUCGUCAAAGGAAAAGAAGUGGAUUCCUCCAAAUUGAAAGAUGAAAAAUCACUCUUCCAUCUCCAAACAGCAGCAGAGUUGUUCAUGUCUGAUGCAAAAGCACUGGAAGAUUCACUUUGCAAGCGUGUCAUUGUAACUCCUGAUGGUAACAUCACCAAACCUCUGGACCCUGAUGCAGCUGCUUUGAGUCGAGAUGCCUUGUCAAAGACUGUGUACUCCAAAUUGUUUGAUUGGAUUGUAGACAAAAUUAACAGUUCAAUUGGUCAAGAUCCCAAUGCAGUAAGCAUAAUAGGAGUCCUUGACAUUUAUGGAUUUGAAAGCUUCAAAAUCAACAGUUUUGAGCAAUUAUGCAUCAACCUAACGAAUGAGAAGUUGCAACAGCAUUUUAAUCAGCAUGUAUUCAAGAUGGAGCAAGAAGAGUACACAAAGGAGGAAAUCAAUUGGAGCUAUGUAGAAUUUGUGGAUAAUCAGGAUGUUCUUGAUCUUAUUGAGAAGAAACCAGGGGGAAUAAUCGCUCUUCUAGAUGAAGCCUGCAUGUUCCCAAAAUCAACUCAUGAGACUUUUGCACAAAAGAUGUACCAGACAUAUAAAUCCCACAAGCGCUUCAGCAAGCCAAAACUUGCUCGAACAGCUUUCACAAUUAACCAUUAUGCUGGAGAUGUCACGUAUCAAGCAGAUUAUUUUCUUGAUAAAAACAAAGAUUAUGUUGUAGCAGAGCAUCAAGCUCUUUUAUGUGCUUCCAAGUGCCCAUUUGUUGCUAAUCUUUUCCCUCCUUUACCAGAGGAGACUUCAAAGCAAUCCAAAUUCUCUUCCAUUGGUUCACAGUUUAAGCAACAACUGCAAUCUCUCAUGGAGACACUGAAUACAACAGAACCACAUUACAUACGAUGUGUGAAACCAAAUACAGUUUUGCAGCCUGGGAUCUUUGAGAAUUUCAACGUCUUGAACCAAUUAAGAUGUGGGGGAGUACUUGAGGCAAUAAGGAUUAGUUGUGCUGGAUAUCCAACAAAAAGAACUUUUGAAGAGUUUCUUGAUCGUUUUGGAAUGCUAGCCCCCGAUGUCCUUGAUGGUUCUGAUGAGAAAAAGGCCGCUAUGGCCAUCUGUGAUAAGAUGGGCUUAAAAGGCUAUCAAAUGGGAAAAUCAAAGGUAUUUCUGAGAGCAGGUCAGAUGGCUGAAAUGGAUGCCCGAAGAGCCGAAGUCUUAGCUAAAGCAGCUAAACUCAUACAGAGACAAAUCCGAACACAUUUAACCAGAAAGGAGUUCAUCACCCUAAGAAAGGCCACAAUUUAUAUCCAGAAGAUGUGGAGAGCUAAACUUGCACGUGAACUCUACGAACAUAUGAGGAGGGAAGCAGCUUCUAUCCGGAUACAGAAACAUGCGCGUGCACACAGAGCAAGAAUGUACUAUACAUCAUUACAAGUAUCAGCUAUAGUUCUUCAAUCAGGCUUGAGAGCAUUUGCAGCACGAAAUGAAUAUAGAUACAGAAGAAGAACAAAGGCUUCAACGAAAAUUCAGACACAAUGGAGAAAAGUUCAAGCUCUUUCUGAUUACAAACAGCAGAAGAAAGCAACUGUUUCACUUCAAUGUCUUUGGAGAGCAAGAAUUGCAAGAAAAGAGCUCCGAAAGCUUCGGAUGGCUGCUAGAGAAACUGGGGCACUUAAGGAGGCAAAGGACAAGCUAGAGAAGCGUGUUGAGGAGCUUACAUGGAGACUAGAUAUUGAAAAGCACAUGAGGAUGGAUCUUGAAGAAGCUAAAGGGCAAGAGAUUUCAAAAUUGCAAAAUGCAUUACAAGAAAUGCAAGCUCAGCUAGAUGAAGCCCAGGCAGCAAUUAUACAUGAGAGAGAAGCAGCAAAAAUAGCAAUUGAACAAGCACCACCAGUAAUUAAAGAGGUACCUGUUGUGGACGAUACAAAGCUAGAGUUACUGACAAAUAAAAAUGAGGAGCUGGAGACUGAAGUGGAAGAGCUUAACAAGAAGAUUAAAGAGUUUGAAGAGAAGUUCUCAGAAAUUGAAAAUGAGAAUAAAUCAAGGGUGAAAGAGGCGGAAGAAGCACAGCUUAAAGCAACACAACUUCAGGAGACCAUUGAAAGAUUAGAAUUGAGUUUGUCAAACCUUGAGUCUGAGAACCAGGUUCUAUGCCAGCAGGCUUUGGAAGAAUCAAAAAAUGAAGAACUCUUUGAAGAAAUCAAAAUCCUCAAGGGUCAGAUAGCAAAUCUAGAAUCAGAGAAUGAAUCCCUACGGAGCCAGGCAGCAGCAGCUGCUUUAGAGCAGAAAGUCCAUCCAGAGAAAAUAGAAACAGACCAUUCAGCAGCUUCUUUAGAGCAGAAAGUUCAUCCAGAAAAAGUUGAACCAAUCCCUGAAGUUGCUGUUGUAGAGAAGAUCAAUGUGCAACCAAGAGUUAUUGCAGAUAAUGUGACUGCCCAAAUGAAGAAUUUGGAUAAUGGAAAUCAGACAGAGGAAGAACUGCAUUCAAGAAAAGAACCAAAAGCACCAGUAUUCUUGCUUACUAAACAGAGAUCACUCACAGACAGACAGCAGGAAAGUCAUGAUGCACUGCUCAAGUGUCUCGCUGAAGAUAAGCGGUUUGAGAAAAACAGACCAGCAGCUGCUUGUAUUGUUUAUAAAGCACUUCUUCAUUGGAGAUCCCUUGAAGCAGAAAAAACACAUAUUUUUGAUAAAAUUACACAUACUAUCCGAUCAUCUAUAGAGAGUCAAGAAGGAAUCCAUGAUCUAGCCUACUGGCUUUCAACUACUUCAACACUUCUGUUUUAUCUACAAUGCACAAUGAAGGCCAGCAAUACAACUAAGGCAGUGUCACGUAAUCGAAACUCCCCUGCUACUUUGUUUGGAAAAAUGGCACAAGGUUUGCGUUCAUCUUCAAUGGGCUUGGGGAUUUCAAGUGGCUACAGUGGAAUGGUGGAGAAGCCAAAUGAUCAGUCUAAAGUAGAAGCCAAAUAUCCAGCUAUUCUGUUUAAGCAGCAUUUAACUGCAUAUGUGGAGAAGAUAUAUGGAAUGAUCCGUGAUAGUCUAAAGAAAGAGAUUAGCCCAUUCUUAAAUUUGUGUAUACAGGCACCAAGAUCCAUAAGAACUAGAUCGAUAAGAGGAUCAUCCAGAAACAUCCAUUCAAAUAUUGUUGCAAAACAGCAAGCAUUACAUAUGUACUGGAAAGGAAUCGUGGACAAGUUAGAUCAUGCCUUGCGUGUAUUGUCUGAUAACUAUGUCCCUCCCAUCAUUACAAGAAAGAUAUUUAGUCAGGUUUUCUCAUUCAUGAAUAUCCAGCUAUUCAAUAGUUUGUUGCUUCGUCGUGAGUGCUGUUCCUUUAGCAAUGGAGAAUAUUUGAAAGCAGGAUUGCAUGAGUUGGAACUAUGGUGUCUUAAAGCAACAGACCAGUUUGCUGGUUCAUCUUGGGAUGAACUCAAACAUAUACGCCAAGCUGUGGGAUUUCUGGUUUUGCAUCAAAAGACUCAAAAAUCUUUAGAGGAAAUCACAAAUGAGCUCUGCCCGGGGUUAAGUAUUCCACAAAUAUAUCGUAUUGGAACUAUGUUCUGGGAUGACAAGUAUGGAGCACAGGGAUUAUCUGCAGAAGUCAUUAGCAGAAUGAGAGUGAUUAUGACAGAAGACUCAAUAAGCAUACAUCAUAGCUCAUUCCUUUUAGAGGUGGAUUCCAGCAUACCAUUCUUGAUGGAGGAGAUGUUUCGGUCCAUGAGUGACAUCCGGCUAUCAGACAUGGAUGUGGAUCCACCACCAAUACUCAGGCAAAGGUCUGACUUCCAUUUCUUGUUGCAACAGAUGGACAGUGACUCUCAGUGAGCUGGUGAAAGUUUGCUGCUGAUAUUAGUUAUAGUUUCUGAUUUGUAUUGAUUUAAUUUGGGUUUGUGUGGAGAGAGUAAUUGAGUGGUGAGGUGAAGAAUUGUAAUUAGCUUAUUUAUUUAUUCUAAUUUUUUUCAUUUGUUUUGGGGAAGAUCCAAAUUUUGUUUAUUAUUCUUGUAUGGCUUCAUGUCAAGGAAGGCCACUGUGAAUUUUGCCAUUGUUGUAUAAGGUUACUUCAAAAAUUAAUGAAAUGAAAGGAAGUUUGGCUUUAGUUCAA